AUGGAUCAUAUUCUUGAACUUGAUAGCCUUCAAUAUGAUUCUUCCUCCGAUGAUGAGUUGGAAAUAAUUUCAACUUUUGCUAUGGUAAAAGAACGAUUGGAUGGCGAAGGAGGAUCAAGAUCACGACGUGUUUCUGGUCGACGUCGCAAUACUAUUUGGCGUAAUUCUUUGCAAGGCCAAGAAAACCUAUUCCGCGAUUAUUUUGCGGAAUCGGCGGUAUAUCCUCCCAACAAAUUUCGAAGGAGGUUUCGUAUGCGCCGUGACCUUUUUAUGCGCAUUCACGACGCAAUAAUAUCUCAUGACAGAUAUUUUGUUCAAGAAAGAAAUGCUGCUGGAAAGCUCGGACAUUCUUCUCUACAAAAGAUGACUGCUACAAUUAGGAUGCUCGCUUAUGGAGUAACUGCAGAUUUGAUGGAUGAAUACUUACGGAUUGGAGAAAGGACCGCAAUGGAUAGCUUUAUACAUUUUGUUAAAGCGGUAGUUUCAAUUUUUUCUACCGAGUACUUGAGGUCGCCAAACUCAGAAGACAUUGCUAGAUUGCUAGCAAUUGGCGAAAGUCGUGGAUUUCCAAGAAUGCUGGGAAGCAUCGAUUGCAUGCAUUGGAAGUGGAAGAAUUGUCCAAAUGCUUGGAAAGGUAUGUAUUCUGGUCAUAUACGUGAACCUACAAUUAUUUUGGAAGCCGUAGCGUCCCAUGAUCUUUGGAUAUGGCACGCAUUUUUUGGGUUACCAGGGUCUCAUAAUGAUAUAAAUGUGUUAGAACGAUCUGAUGUAUUUGCCAAUCUAGCUGAAGGGCGUGCUCCUCCGGUCAACUACUCAAUCAAUGGUCACGAUUAUACAAUGGGAUACUAUCUUGCCGAUGGUAUAUAUCCUUCGUGGGCAACAUUCGUAAAAACAAUUCAUGCUCCACAAGGAAACAAGAGAAAAAAUUUUGCUGCAGCUCAAGAGUCGGCAAGAAAGGACGUAGAGCGAGCGUUUGGAGUGCUUCAAGCACGAUUUGCAAUUGUGCGUGGACCUGCACGGUUAUACCAACCUGAACUUCUUAAAGAUAUUAUGAUGGCGUGCAUAAUAUUGCAUAACAUGAUCGUUGAGGAUGAACGAGAUAUGUAUCUUGGAGCAGAUGAAUUCAAUUAUGAGCAAAUCAAUGACGUUCCACUCGAACCACCGUCACACGAAGUUCCAAAUGAAGUUGUGGAGUUCAUGCAAAAUCGUCAUCGUAUUAGAGAUCAAGAAACACAUUUGCAACUUCAAUUAGACCUCAUUGAGCAUUUAUGGCAAAUACAUAGUCAAUCGUAA